AUGACUGCUGAUGAGCGACGAGCUCUCAAAAACAUAAGGCUCAGCCCCGCCUUCCUCCCUGGGACCGAAAAUUUGGACGACUUCGGUUUUGGUGAGAUCUUGAAUGGCACUGAUAUGCUCCCCAUCAGUCAUGCUGGUGGGGAGUUUGAUGACCUAGCAAGAGGAGUUCUGGGAGAUGUCUGGAAAGUGAAUAUUGCGUUCAGUGAGCAGAUUCCAGCUAUGACCGAAGCUUACCUUGAGUGGUGCCUAGAAAAAUCACAGAUGGGUUUCAGGAGUUUCUUCGAUCAAUUGUGCAGUGAAGAGAGUGGUACUAACGAAGCAGUUGAUAAGUGGUCAAUGACUAUUGUAUAUGUGUUUUUUGCUGAGAAAGUCAUGCUUAAAAUAUCAUCAACAGACAGCACUGUUGCAUCUGCACUCGCAUUUUUAAAAACCAUUUGUGAUCUACACGGGUUUUCAAUCUUGUUCGACCUGUACCUCGAAAUUAGACGGAACACAGACACAAUGGUAAUGGAAUCACUUGGCCGUGACUCACCCCACUGGUGCCUUCGACAUGCCUGUCCCGCUUGUACCUACGUGCUGACGAACACAGAGGACUUAACCUUCACGAUGCUCUAUGCCAUGGAUGGCAACGACUCCCUAAAGCCAUUGGGAAACAUGGAUACUGCAAGGACAAAUAAAGCUUGGGGGAUCGACGAUGAAACCGGUAUCUUUGUGGCUGUCUGCCGCCACAGCUUUUGUCUGCUUAUUGCAGACAUGGUGCAGAGCGGGGAACUCGCAAAAUACCCUUUAGCUGUUGUUGCUAAGUUACUGGAUGUGUUUGGUGGCAAUUUGGGGGGCAGGACCCUCGGACCUCUUGCGCGCUCACUAAACCAUACUUGUCUUGUCGGUGCAUUCCACGGAUAUGCCCACAGACGCCUGUGUCAGCUUGUUUCGCUGACAACAUAUAUUAAGGGUCUUGGAAUUGAGGAUUUAGAGACAUGUGAGCGGACAUUCUCAAAGUCAAAUUCUCUCGCGUCGUCUCUCCGUUACGCCAGUGUCUUUUAUCGCCAACAAUCCAUUGAUUCAUAUUUUGAACACAAUGACAACUUCGGGGUUUACACAAAUCUUUCGAACUUUUUGUACAGUAACUACAGACAGGCUAUCGACAUCUUGGCAGAUGGUAAUGCUGUACUACCCAAACUCAUGCAGGAUAUCGGAGUCGUGGACACGAGCAUUUUUGAACUGUGGCUAGAAGAAGAGAAAGCCUAUCUUAAAGGUCUCACACAAGAGCCUGGCGAAGAAACACUCCAAAUGGAGUACUGGCAGAGAUUGGUUAACCUCAAUGCAAACACUCUUGCUCUUCGGGCAGCAACAGCCGCCGAGAGUGCACAACAUCACGCACUUGAGGACUACAACAAGAAUAUGAGAUUGGUGCAAGCACUAGAGUGCAAACUCAAGAUCGUCACACACUGGGUUCCGGAGGAUACAGAGUGGCAGAGGGCAGGAGGCUCGUGGUUAACCGAAAGUAUCAGUGUGCUCUGGACUGUUUGGAAGGGUUGA